UUCCCCUUCAGGGCCGACUGGUAGAGGGCGCCUGGAAGCUUGGAUCCCGUUUAUGCAGUCUAGGCUAGCUAGGAGAAACAACUGUGGGCAGGUUGAUGUCAAGUUGACAGAAUACGGGUGACAUUUACUUGGAGACGGUCCUGCCUGUACAGUGAAUAACACGUAUAUUGUUAGACGUCAUUCGGGAUACUUGCUGAAACUAAUUUUUGUUUUCACAGUCCAUAUAACGGGCAUGACUGGUCGGUGUGAUUUAGCGAAGUUCUCGUUUCCUGAAGCGCUUCUGUGGACGCGAGCAACGUGUCUUUUUCAGAGUUAACCGGAUCUGAAAAACACGGUUGUACGUAAUCGUGAUAUCUGUCCAGUUUAGCUACGAAAUUAACUAAGAAGCAAAAGGUGCAACUAUUCGAACUCUUUACUAAACAAGGUGUCAUUUCGGCUUUGUUAUGGUCCUGUCACAGUCUCUGUUAUUCUUCUGGAACAAGAAUGUUUGUUUCUUCCUGGUUACCCUGCUUCUUCAUAACGUAAUACCCGAAAAAGUCUAUCUCAAUAAGGUAGCUGUCCACGUUAGAGGUGGUUUGCAGGCGGCCAACAGAGUGGCCAGGGAUGCAGGACUCCGCAACAUUGGUCAGAUUGGAAGCUUGGAAGACCAUUAUUUGUUUGAAAUACCCAAUCGCCAAAAACGCUCCAGCGAACGUAGCCACGAGCACCAUGCUGCGCUGUCCACGCACCCUGAGGUGCACUGGUUUGAGCAGCAGGUAGCCAAAGUUCGUACCAAAAGAGAUCUGGUAAAGCCACUCAGUGGACCAUUUAAACUGAAUGACCCUUACUAUGAUCGGCAGUGGUAUCUGCAUGGAGGAGGACAUGGAGGAUUUGACAUGAAUGUGAUCUCAGCAUGGAAGAAGGGCUUCACAGGAAGAGAUAUUGUGGUUACCAUCCUGGAUGAUGGAAUUGAGCGGGACCAUCCUGACCUCAUAAAAAAUUAUGAUCCUUACGCCAGUUAUGAUGUGAACGAUCAAGACAAUGACCCCAUGCCUAGAUAUGAUAACACAAACGAGAACAGACAUGGAACACGCUGUGCAGGUGAAGUUUCUGCUGUGGCCAAUAAUUCCAACUGUGCUGUUGGGAUCGCUUAUAACUCCAAAAUAGGUGGUGUGCGAAUGCUGGAUGGGGAGGUAUUUGAUGCAGUGGAGGCAGCAUCCCUCAGUUUCAACAGAUCUCAUAUUCACAUCUACUCAGCCAGCUGGGGUCCUGAUGAUGAUGGAAGAGUGGUUGAUGGGCCAGGCCCAUUAGCCAAAAAGGCCUUUGAAAACGGCAUUAGAUUUGGUCGAGAUGGAAAAGGUUCCAUUUUUGUCUGGGCUUCUGGCAAUGGAGGCAGCGCUCAAGAUUCUUGCAAUUGUGAUGGUUAUGCCAACAGCAUCUAUACUUUAUCUAUAUCAUCCACAUCAGAGCAUGGUACCAAACCGUGGUACCUAGAAGAGUGCUCCUCUACCUUAGCCACUACCUACAGCAGUGGUGCCUUUAAUGAAAAGCAGAUUGUAACUGUGGAUCUUCACCAGCGUUGUACUGAGACACACACUGGGACCUCAGCAUCUGCACCUUUGGCAGCAGGCAUUGUAGCUCUAAUAUUAGAAGCAAACCCUGACCUGACUUGGCGAGAUGUGCAGUAUAUUACAUUAAUGACUGCUCGUCCUGAACCUAUGGUUGAUGGUCAGUGGGUCACUAAUGCCCUGGGUCGUCAAGUAAGCCUUCGUUAUGGUUAUGGUCUUAUGGAUGCAUCACGCAUGGUUGACUUGGCUCUGCAGUGGCGGACUGUGCCUGAAAAGCGUAUUUGUGUGGCUCCUAGUCAACAGGGACAAGAUGAUAUGCAUGGUGCAAGGCACGUGGCGACUGUGUCAACCGAUGGUUGUGCUGGGUCAUCUGAUGAAGUGCGCUAUCUGGAGCAUGUACAGUGCCGCAUUGAGAUGUCUUAUGGUCGCCGUGGUGAUAUUGUCAUUCAUCUCACAUCACCACAGGGUACACGCUCCACACUACUACCAAGGCGACCAAAUGAUCUUUCAUCCGAUGGUUUUAGAGGCUGGCCAUUUCUUUCAGUUCAUUUUUGGGGGGAAAAUCCUCAAGGACAAUGGAUGCUGGAAAUUGAAAAUGGCAAUCCUUACAGUGGGGAACUAGAUUCAGGUCAGCUGUUGUCAUGGGAACUGGUGCUGCAUGGGACUGGAGAACAGCCAGUUCGUCUCAAGAAUGAAACAUCUACCACAACGACAACCACUGCUCCCACCAAGAUAGCAAACACUGUGCCUGGUGCCUUUACUAAGGAUGUUACAGGAGAUACAACACAUGUUCUGAGACCCACAAUUUUGAAAACGUUGUGUCAUGAAGAAUGUGUAGCUGACUGUAUUGGCUUGGGGCCUGAAAAUUGCUUGCAGUGCAAGAACUUUAUUAAUCAGACAAAUGGGGUGUGUGUUCCUUCAUGUAGUGAUGGCACGUAUGCUGAUAACACAACCUGCAAGCCUUGUGAUUUGUCUUGCCGGACAUGCUCAGGCCCUACUUUGGCACAAUGUCUUAGUUGUUACCCUGGGAUCACCUUGCAUGCCAAAUUUAACACCUGCUACACUGAAUGUGUUGGAGGUACUUACAGUGAACCCAGUGGUUGCUUGCCAUGUCAUGGAAGCUGCAAGACAUGUUUUGGGCCGGAAAUUAAUCACUGCCUUUCUUGCCAGAAGGAGAAGCAACUGUUUAACAGCAGAUGUAUUACAAAGCACAGCUGGUGGUCUGGCACACAGAAGUCUGUGCAAGGCAUCAUUCUGGCUCUCAUAUCUGUCUGUGCUCUACUUCUGCUGAUUAUAGGAGCGGUGUUGACUGUGUAUUUGUAUCAGCAUCGUAAACUGUGCUGGACCUAUAAAUACGACAAGCUGCCAUGCCAUGACGGUGAAGAUGAAGAGAGUGCUGUGUCCCUGACCUACUCCAUUGGCGAUGAGGAGAGAAAGGUGUCCAUCUCUUACCCUAACAGUUCCAAAGACAGCUUGGCCACUUGAUAACAGACCAGCAGCUACUGCCAGACAGAAUGGUGCACAUGUUGAUGAUACCACUUGUUGUGAGUGCUGUGUGUGCUGUGUAUUGAAAGUGCCUAGAGAGAAAGAGAGAUAGCAAGGGGGUAGGGAGAAACGGAGUAAAUUCAUGCCUUUAUGCUGUGGUGAUAUCUGCAGGAAUACUACAAUAGUUUUUACAUAAGUUUUUUUUAAUAGUCUGGGAUAGAUUCAUUGAUUUUAUUGUCUAUUAAUAUACACAGGUUUCAUAAUAUGUGGAAUAAAACUUUGAUUUAUUUGUAUAACUGAUGUUGAUUCAGUGUAAAUUUUGUAUUUUUGGUAAGCAGGAGCUGUGUGGUUUUUAGUUGAGUAGGGACAUAAGAUCUUACCUUGCUUCUUCUUAUAGGAGACUUAGCAAGAAGUUGUCCAGAAUAUUUUCCUCUACUGAAAAAAAAUUGUAGAUUUAAAAUGUAGACAUUUGUAAAAAAAAAUUGCACUAGAUAGAUCAUUAUUAUUAAAAUCAACUGAGUAAUUGGUGUGUUGCUGCACACUGCAUUAGUAAUUACUGCACCAACAGUGCUGCUUUAUUUAUUUUCAUGGUAAGAUAAAAAUCAUAUUAGUUGGAGAUGUCAGACUCAAAUGUCAGACUCAGAUGUCAAAAAAGAACUACAAGGAAACUAUUAGUUGCCUGAACUUUCUGUUGAUACCAGGGUUGCUUCCAUUGGACGACAAAGGCAUUAAUGAUAUAGCAGUAAAAUAGUCUAGAGUUAGAGCACAGAGGCAGUGGUUCUCAACCUUUUACUUGUGACGCCCCCCUGACGAACAAAGGUACGUCCGCGCACCCCCCUUAGCCAGCAAUGUAAGCUAAUUUCACUAAUACCGGUAUAAGAAACUUUAAAAAAAUGACCACCUUCGCGCCCCUCUUGUAAGCAGGGGGGCGCACCCCACAGGUUGAGAACCGCUGCUAUAACCUCUUGUACAGAAGCCAGUCAGUCCCGCUGGAAAGGUACAUUAGAAAUUCAUAAUAAUACUAGAAUAUACAGAGAGAGUAGCUGCUGGUUUUGUUUUUUUUUUCUCUUAACUGUCAGCCUGUGAUAGGAAGGGUGCCUUUGAGACUGCAGAUGAAGGGAGGAAACAGCUGAAUUGAUAUUCUGAAUUUUCUUUCUUCUCUGUUAUGAGUUAUUUUUUCUUAUGAUUGUGUGUUGAGAGAAAAAAGGGUGUGUGGUAGUCUUCCUUUGUCAUUUAAGUAAUGUUCUUGUUGAUCUAACAUGGCUCUUUUUAAUUGUAACAAUUGGGCCAAACAUAUAAACAUAAAAACCAUAAGAUUUAUUUUUAUUUAAUGGACAACAAUAACAUUUCUAACAUCUCACUAAAGAUUAGAGGGUUAUGGAUAAUUCUUAAUAGCUUGGCAUUUUCAUAGAUUUUUUCAUGUCCUAAUUUUAGAGAAGUAUUUUACACUGUAAUCACAAUGGAGCCAAUCAGAUAACAAAAUGGCACAGUUUAGGUGGAUAAACCUUUUUUAAAAUAUUUUGUAAGUUAACAAAACUCUGAUGUGUUAGUAUAUUCGCUUUUUAUCUCCUCACCCCUACUAGAAGACCAUGUACAGAGAACAUUGCCAAAGGCCAGAUGAAGAUUUGUUGGGUUUACAGAGAUGCAAAGUUCUUCCUAAAAAUGGAAGAAGCAAAAAUGUAAUUGAUUUUGGAAAUACUAAUUCUGAGAGGGAGUAACUCACAGAAAAGAAUGUGGGUGUAAACUUAUCUCCUUUCAGUGGUUCUUUAAUUUGAUGUCUUUCAAGUAUAUCCCACUAUUAUGUACAAUCGAUUGUUAGCAGUGAUAGCUGCAAGGUAAGUUUUGAAAAUAGUGCAAACUUUGAUAUGCAUUAGUAUAUGCAUAAGAACAGCAAGUUCUUCCACCUUUAUUGUCCUGUAUAAGAAAUAAUUUAUCACAAAAUACUUAAAGCAGUUAUUAGACAUCUUAAUCCUUUUAUUUUAAUACACCGACAAGUUAAAGUUAAAAAAAAUUGAUAGUGCCCCAUUUCCUUCUCUUUUUAUGUUUAUAGUUUUACAAAAGUCUAAACUUAUUCUGUUGGUCUUGCUGCUCACAGAGUGAAUAUAGAUGGUUUAUUUCUGCUUGUAAAGUUUGAAACUGCUGGGGCAUAAACCAUUAAAUUUCCCCAGUGCUUGUUUAGUUGUUAUUAAAUUUGGUAGGAAAUGCUGAUAGGAGAAGUAAUUGACAGCAUUUAAGACAUUGCUGUAACAUAUAGUUGAAACCUGGCGGCAUUGAAGGGUGAAAAUGUUAGCAUGAUAAUGAGAAUAUGUAGACUGCUUUGCAAUUUUUAGUCUGUGAUGAACAUGAAAACACCAUAUCAUUAGGCAUAAGUUGAGAAAUGAAGCAUUGUUAUGUAAAGUAUGUAGAUAAUAUGGAAUGCGGCAUAUAUUUUACAUCAGUCUAGCUUUUUUUGUCGUAAGGUCAUUGUUUUGUAACCUUUAAAUGGUGAAUGAUGUUUUCAAUGAAACGUCUUUUUUUUUCAUGCUAUUCAUUAUCAGUCAUCUUUUACAGUGACAUAUGCCUGUACUUGAGAAUGAAUAGUCUUCGUUUAUGAACUACAGAGAUGAAUAUUUGAAAUGCAGUUUGAAAGUUUUGCUUCAUCACUUCAUUGAGGAGAAAGAGUACUCAUUAUCAGAAUGUGUUGGGUACAUCAUGUCAUAAGCUGAUCAUGAAUAUACUCUUUCCUGGUGAUGUCAUGAACUGUAGUGUGAAAGAAAUGACUUUUUUUUGCUUAGGCAGACCUCAGUGUACUCUUGAAUUGUUAGGCUGGGGAAACUGACUUUAGUGCAUAAAUCAGAGCACACUGUUUGGUGCAAUUUUUUAGUCAUAUUUUAGUAACAAAAUUACCUUUUGUUUAUGUAAAAUGGUGAACAACAACAAUAACAACACCCAAACCAAAGUUGUUUUAAAGGACAGUAGAGAAAAGUUGAAGCUUUACACUUUCCUGCGACAAGGUGUCUCCACCUGUGUCUGUAACUUGCUCCUUAGUUUUGUAUCAUUAAAAAAUUGUUCUUCUGUCCAUCUUCAUUGGCAGUUGUAUGGUAGCGGGUGUAGGUGACAUUGAUCUGAAGCCAGAGUAUAUCUUUUAUCAGUCACACAUUCAGUAUGGUGUCUGAUAUCCCAUGGGUUCAGUCUUUUUGAUCACAAAAUUAUCUGCAGAAUGGGAGCUUGCAUUGGAUAACAUAUCUAGAUCAUUUAUUCCUAUGAGCUCUUGGACCUAUUCUUUUUUAAACUUCCCACAACCACUAUCAACCUGUGUAUGUUGAAGAUUUCCAAAUGUGCAGGCUUGUGGGGGAGGGAACCCAGACAAAACGAACUAGACACAUGCCAGGGAAACAAACAAUUCUAAUGUGUUGGUUAUAUGUUUGCUAAUGAAAAAAUAAUGUGAUACAAUUAGAUGACAGUUUGAGAUAUAAUCAGGAUAUGAAAAAUGUAUGAUAAAUCAUCAUCAUAUUUUAGGUCUACUCAAGAUCAGUGCCUGUUUAGUUUGCUCACAGCAAAGAAGACUACAGUUCAUACUGCAACAACAAGCUCUGAUUCUCUACUGAAACAUCAUUUUUACAAGGAGUUUAUUUUGUAAUUGUUAUAUUCAAAACCUAAUCUCUGUGUUUGGUUGUCUAUGAGUAUAAAAGGAAUGUUUGCAGAAA